AUAAACUUAUUAAAUAGAAGAAGAUGGGAUCAAGGAAUUCAUGCAUGCUUCAACCAGAUGAAAUCUUGGAAAUCAAGUAUAAAACAUCCUUCACUGAAAAGCAAAUUGAGAGGCUGUAUUCCCGGUUCACCGCUCUGGACAAAGAGCAGAAAGGUUUCCUGACCAAGAACGACUUGUUGCGUAUUCCUGAACUGUCAAUCAAUCCUCUAGGAGAGCGAAUUGUAGACGCGUUUUUCGUUGAUGUCGUUGACGAACAGAUUAACUUCCAGCAAUUCAUGCAGACAUUGGCCGUGUUUCGUCCCAUAAAGCACAAGGAGAGAAAGGGAACGUCUGAGCUUGCGAACAGUCUGGAAAAGAAGCUGGAGUUUGCAUUUCGAGUGUAUGACGUGGACAACGACGGUACCAUUACCCAGUCUGAGAUUGUGUCCAUUCUUCACAUGAUGGUGGGAGACAACAUAUCAGAGGAGCAGCUGAACAGCAUAGCUCACAGAGCAGUGUACGAGGUGAUACACUGUGACGAGAAUGCUCCCGACAGACAGAUCACGUUUGAACAGUUCAAAAAAGCACUGGAGAACAUUGAAUUCGAGCAGAAAAUGAGCAUCCGAUUCCUUCACUGAAAUCAUCAAAAGGAAAAAUUCUGAACUGUAUUCUUACAAUUUAGACUAUUGCAACUUGAACUGUUGCAGUAUAAUUUAUAAUUAUGUAAAUUCUAAUGUUAACUGUUAUACGCGUAAUUUUCAAUUCAAA